AUGCAACAGGUGUUGAGCUUCAUAAAGAAUCGAAAUGAAAUUCUGGACUGGAAAAUGCGCUUGGAUGAAAGUGAUAAUUUAGCUGCGAGAAUAGCACGCGGUGUCACCGACAAAGUUUCCUCACUGCUCGAAUUUUUUGCGCAACCCUGUACAUUUCAGGCUUACAGUGUUUUGUCAGCGAUUGUCAGUGAGUACCAAAAGGUCAAUUUCAGUACGGCCGAUUGUCGCGUCAUUGAUGUUGAUAAAGUUGAGAUGGUUACGGGUAAAAUGAUGGAACAGGGUCCGGUGAUGAUAAUCACAUUUCAAGUGUACAUGGUGAAUGUUAUCAGAAAUAUGGAAGGAAAAGUUGUGGAGGGUGAUCCGAACAGUCCAGUACGUGUGCACCACGUUUGGGUGAUGUGUCGCGAUAUGGAGGAAUACAAUCCAGCAGUGGCAUGGAAAGUACUGGAAGUGCACAUGCAGAAGGAAAGUUUAUUUGUGACUAAAGGUAGUUUAGAACGAGGAACAACGUUUGGUAUUAUUCUUGAGACUUUGAAUUCGUCAAUGUUCGAAAUCGAAUGA